CGACCACAGCAAAAAACUGGAAAUAAAUAUCUGCUGUAAAUGAUGUAUAGAUUAGAGUUGCAGAAAUCUGUCAGACCUAGAGUACCCGGUGUUAGUCGAAGUGUUCACAUAUCCCGAGAUACUUCACACCGGGUCUGGAUCAGUGAUGAUGAAGGCAAUCUCACCCUGACUAACACAGAGGGUGAUGCGCUAUAUCGUCUGACAGAUAUACGCAAUAUUUGGGGAGGACACACUGUGAACCAUGACGGCGAUUUAAUUUAUAUAGACAGUAAGAAUAGCAUCAACAGACUGUCUACAGUGAACAAAGUAAAAACUAUAUUAAUAAAGUACACAGAACAAUGGGAGCCACUGUGUGUCUACAGCUCGCCCUCCACUGGAGACCUGCUGGUUGGGAUGUAUCACACUGAUACAGAUACAGGCAAGGUAGUGCGGUAUAACUCUACAGGAGAAGACAUCCAGACCAUACAGUAUGAAAACAACACAGGCCAGGGACUGUAUACUAUGCCUGUGUACAUCACGGAGAACCGAAAUGGAGAUGUUAUUGUGUCCGACCUUCUCCGUUUUGCUGUAAUUGUGACAGUCUGUGGAGGAAGUUACCGCUUCUCCUAUACAGAACCUCCAUCAAAAUCAGACCUAGAACCAUAUGGAAUCUGUACAGACGCGUUGUUACACAUCCUGGUGUGUGAUUAUAACACCCAAUCAGUACAUAUAAUUGACUGCGAUGGUAACUUUCUUUCACAGGUACACACAUCAUCAGACGGGAUAGACAUACCAUACGGCCUGAGUUAUGAUGACAAAACAAACCUACUGUGGGUAGGGUCAGGGAUCAAGAACACAGUCAACAUAUACAGAGUGAUAGAUGGUGACUUUUUAACUAAUGUCCCUCUCAAAUAUUUGAAAUGCAGGAAACAUCCAAGACACCAAUUAUCCCAUCACUGCAUAGACUGUGAGGUCACUUUGUGUCAGAUGUGCAUCAGGACUUCUGGUGAUCAUGAAGAAGAUGAUGUUCAAGAUGUAGAGAAAUUAUUCAAAGAAAUGCACUGUAGGAAAGAUGGAGAUGCAAUUUUGAUGUGCCUUCUGCUUUGCCCUUCAUACAAAAUAAAUCUGAAAGAAGAACACUGGAUAGAGAAGUAUAAUACUGUUGCUGAAGUUUUCAAAUUCAAGAAGAUUAAGAAGCCGUCUAAUCUUAGCAGCUUAAAGAAGUACAAACCAAUACUCAAACAGGAUGGUGUGAAUGUUGAGUUUUCUUGUAAAUUCUUUAAACACACCACUUUCCUUACUUUCGCUAAAAAUCCAAAUUUUGUGGAUAUCUUUCUGAGUUUAGCAGAAAAAGACAACAUCUCUGAGUACUGCAGAUCCUGGGCCUAUCCAAAGAAGGAGCGGGAAGUCUUUUGCUGGUUAUCACCACAUCAAACAACACAAUUGAUAGAAAAACUUGGAGAGGAUAUUUUCAACCACCCAACAUGGCAGGAUACAUCAAUACACAAUACUGUAUUUCAAAACCUUGGUGUGCCAAUGCAGAUUUUGAUGAGAGGAGAGGAGUCAGUGAAGAAUUUCAUUGAAAAUCUGAGGAAAGGGGAGACGACCAUGUACCACGCAUCUGGGAUGAUCAUUGGAUGUGCGGGUAGUGGAAAGUCAACCUUACUAGAAAGACUGAAGGGCAUCGACCUGAUAGAAAUCCUAGAGAGUUCAAAGUCAACCAGAGGAAUAGACGUCCAGUCUGACAUAUUUGAUGUAACUGGAAAAACAAUUAAGGUAAACUCGACAAAACAAAAACAACGUUUUAAAGUUACAAUCAAUGAAUCAAACCUACAAAAGAAUACUCCAGAGCAGCCUUUAGACACUUCUGGUGAUACU